GUGACGGACCAAAUAUAGCUUCAUGAAUACUCGUCAGGGCUGGCUGGUUCUUUACGUGGGUCGACAAACCGGCUGCGUCAUACAAAAACUACUUCCAUCUUGCAAAAAAAAGUACUGUUUAAUCGUCAUAUCUUGCUGCCCUUUGAGGCUAUAGUCGGGUUACGACAAUAUGCGAGUUUAACAUAGAUGACUUGACGGAUUAUUCAAUCGAGACAGAGUUCUUCUCGUGUUCAGUACAAGCCUGAUUCAUUUUCACACGCUGUACUGCGCAAAAGCCCAUAAUGCGUGGAUGACAAGUAUUUCAUAUUCGAUUGGAUUUCACAUAUGGAUUUGAGACAGGCAAGGCUUUUCAUAACUGUUUUCAGCAAGGUUGUGUUGCAGGGCCGGGGUUAGAGACUGCGGUUUUGGCUACCGGAUUACGCGUACAUACACGGUACUCUAGCUACUGGAAUUACGCUUGGCCCCUCGGCUACUUGAACAACUCAAUCUGAAAUAUCGUCGCUCCUGGAAUUACGCACGGGCAGCAAGUUCAAGGGAUUUGCAGUAGACUGUCGGUGCCUUUAGCCUUACCCUUACAUCAUCAACGUACCUCGCCCUUGCCAUUGGAGUAUCUUGCUCACAUAGACAGCUCAUCAUGAAUCGGCAAAAUGAAAAGUCAUUUUGCAUUAUGUUUUGUGCUUUUAUUAUGACGAGUUCAGCUGCCGGUGAAGUUACUUCACAGGCACCUUUUGUGAAAGCGUAUAUGGACAGGCAGCUACACGAUCAGGGAUACGGGUGCGGGGCCACGAUUCAAGACACGGUGUCCGGGGAGAUCUCUUCCUUCAUCCCGGCUAAUACCCCGGCCUUCAACUGCAGCCUGACGGUGGUCUCCCCGCCGGGCACCCGCUUGAGCUUGACCGUCACUCGUGUCCACUUGGUCACUCUCAACCUCAAUACAUGCGAAGGCAACCGGCUUAAGAUCCUGAGUGAUGAGGAGGAGGGUUCCACUUCCCUACUGCGCUCCUUCCCUAACGGUCUAUGCGGCUACACCAAGCCCAGCCAGUCGGUGCUCUCCCCCGGUAACCGAGUGCACCUGCUGCUUGAAUCGCACGAGACAGCUGUGGAGAACACGUUCAAUCUAAGCUACACUGCCUUUAAGACGACAAUAGAUGAUGACUGUUUCGCAUGUGACGUUUUUGGGAACACUGACACACCGUUCUGCAUCGAUCCCAGACUGGUGUGCGAUGACCGGCAAAACUGCCCACGAACUACCGAAGAAAUCCCAGCAAAUUGCAUGGCUUCCUCGGCACCACCGUCUGGAUCGGGAAACAUUGUCAUCAUUGUCAUUGUUUGUGUCUUGGCUGUUGUGCUCGUUGUGGUCCUUAUCUUCAUCAUUCUGGCAGUCAUGGCCAAGAGGGCGCAAUCCAAACGAAACCGAGGCAGUGCAGGCCCCGGCCAAUCUGAGAGGGCCAGCCAGUCCCGAAGGGUUGCGGCGCCACCGGGCCUGAUGGUUGAUCUCGACCGUCACCAAGGGUACGCCGACGUACCCGAGCUAUACGAGCUCGCUCCGCGCCCGCCGCCGCCGCAGCUGCUCAGCCAACCACGCGGUCCCCCGCCGUCCUUCACCGUGGAUGGAGAGCACCAUGGUGGAUUUCAGCCGGUCACCGCCGGGCGAUUUCCUGGGGCACCCCCUGCUUAUUCCACCCUCCCAAGGCCCAGGGAACAGUCACUUCAGAUGGCCGAGAAUACAAACCCAACAUCUAGAUCGCGGAUUGCCAGCACUGACGAGGAAGUAGAACCCCGUACUCCAUGAAAUAGCCAGUCAUCACGAGUUUGCCAAACAAGUAAAAUGAUCUACUUUAAGGAUAAAAUCAUGGCGUGUGUAUUCUAUUGUAUUGUAAUUGGCGCGUCUCUCAGUGAAGGAUUUGUGUCAACGAUUCCCUGAAAUAGAUACUUGUCUCUUUUUGUAUAAAAAAAAAAAAAAAAAAAAAAAAAGGGAGGUAUUGUAAAAUUGCAUUUCAAGAUUUAAGAAUAUUCGUAAUUUCGUGUCAUGGAGGGGGAUACUUUUUGGGUGGAAAACUGCAGAGUCGGUUACCAAUUGCCCCAAUACUCUUGUGUACGCUCAUCUACCGUGUUUAUAACGAGAUGAAAAUACAAAGUCUUGUCUGGAUAAUGUUUGGAAUACCGGUGUGGUGUGAAAUUUGGAUUCUGUGGAAUCUGGGCGAAUGGGUAGUAUUACGCAUGCCUUAGUGACCGUUAUUACGACAUGUGACAGGUCACGUUUUAGAUUAGAGUCCAUAUAAGGUAAAAGACACUAGAUUUCAUAGGAGCUCACCAGAAUUGUUUCUUCAUGUGAGAACUAGUUCGCCAUAAGCAACCAAAAAAUCGCCUCUUUUUAACUUUUAAUAGGCUACAUAACUCAUGUAUUCCGAUAGUGCACAAUUUGCACCAUUUAUAAGGAACAUUGUAUCGUAGGUUUGAAUGUAACAAAACAUACAAAUAUCACAGAUGAGCACAUGCUGUCACUACAUGCAAAACGUACCGUAGUCGUGUUUCAAAUUCCCGAUUCCUUGCAAAUUAUUAACAGAAUUGCUUUUCGCCAAAGAGUGCUGUGGCCUCGUGGUUAAGGGCACUGGAUUCGUGGUCUGUGGGUAAAGCUGCGGGUUGUGGGUUCGUGU